UUGGCCAAGCCUUUCCCUGUCCUUGGGCUUGGCUUGCACUUUCUUUUUCUUUUAUUUUUUAAAUAUUUUAUUUAUUUAUUUAUUUAUUUAUUUAUUUAUUUAUUUAUUUAUUCAUGAGAGACACAAAGAGAGAAGCAGAGAUAUAGGCAGAGGGAGAGGCAGGCUCCAUGCAGGAAGCCCAAUGGGGCACUGGAUCCCAGGACUCCAGGAUCCUACCCUGAGCGAAAGGUAUAUGCUCAACCCCUGAGCCACCCAGGUGUCCCACGGCUUGCACUUUCAUAUCUGUUCUUUCUGCUCUGAGGCAAGAGAACCCCAUGGAUGUGAAGAAUUUCCAACACUGGAUUCUGACUGAAUCUCAACCUGUCAAUCUGUCAAAUCAAGGAAUGUUGCAUUUCACCCUGUCUUCUCUCAAGUUAUCCUGGAGGGACUAAGAAAAGUUUCCUGUUCACAACCAUCCCAGAAUGACACUAGAUAAUAUGGAGUCUAUAAAACCUGGAGAGAAGCUCUGACCAGGACUGAGAAUUAUCAUCAUCAUCAUCAUCAUCAAUCAUCAUCUUCAUCAUCAUCAUCAUCGUUUUAUCUUCAUUCAUGAUCUGUAUUAGUAUCUAUAGCAAAUAUUUAACUGGAUCUGUCUAGUUGGACAAACUGGAUUUAUUGAGUCAAGGAGCAGACACUGGCGCAGCCCCUACUUCCUGCCACCACAACCAGUCCUGUGAUGAACGUGCUCACAUGGGCUCCUUAUGGACUCAAGAGACAGUACCUGGGCACUAAGGAGGGAGAGCACAUACCAGAAGAGUACGAAGUAGCAGUUUGGAAACCUAAGAAGCUGAACUCAUCAGCCCCAACCCAACUUUGUGUAACUUGGCCUCACUGAACCUGAUCCCAAACUCUCUGCUCCCUGGGCUUGCUACAGCUCUUUGAUACUAGAAUCCUAUUCAAUUCCAGCUAAAAUGCAGGGCCAGGCACUUCACAGGUUUGGUCAAAGGCUUGUUUACAGACGUCCAGUGGAGCUAAGUGAAACUGAGACUUCCUCUGCCAGAAUCCUGACUACUCUGGACUUAGUGGCCCUGGGUGUAGACUACACAUUGGGUGCAGGUAUAUAUUUCCUGGCUGGUGAGGUGGUCAGCAAUCAAGCAGGACCAGCCACGGUGUUAUGCUUUUUGGUGGCUGGCCUAUCCUCCGUGUUGGCUGGGCUGUGCUAUGCAGAGUUUGGUUCCUGGAUUCCCUGUUCUGGCUCUGCAUAUCGCUUCACCUAUGUCACUAUGGGUGAAAUAUGGGCUUUCAUCACUGGCUGGAUCUUCAUCAUCUCCUAUGUUGCUGGUGCAGCCGGUAUGGCCCUGGCUUGGACCUUAGCUUUUUACUAUCUGAUUGGGAACCAGAUUUCUCAGGCCAUGCGUGAAAGCGUUUUACUGCAUGUUCCACAUGUGCUUGUGGAAUAUACAGACUUCUUUGCUAUGGGCCUGGUGUUGUUGCUCACUGGAAUACUGGCUCUGAGGGCUAAGGAGUCAGUCUUGGUUACCAAAGUGAUGACAUUAUUGAGCCUUUUAGUUCUCAGUUUUGUCAUCCUCUCUGGCUUCAUUAAAGGGGACCUGCACAACUGGAAGCUCACAGAAGAGGACUACAUAAAGGCUGGAUUCAAUGACACCUCUAGCUUGGGCCCUCUGGGCUCUGGAGGAUUCAUGCCUUUUGGCUUCCAGGGGAUUCUUCAUGGAUCAGCUACCUGUUUCUAUGCAUUUAUAGGUUUCAACAAUAUCGUUACCAAAGCUGAGGAAGCCCAGAAUCCCAAACGUUCCAUCCCCAUGGGCAUUGUAAUUUCACUGUUCAUCUGCUUCUUGGUGUAUUUUGGUGUCUGUUCAGUGCUUACACUUAUGGUGCCCUACUACCUGAUUCAUCGUGGGAGCCCCUUGCCUGAGGCAUUUCUCCAUAUUGGCUGGACCUCUGCUUGUUAUGUUGUGGCUACUGGAGCUCUGUGUACUCCUUUUACCACCAUUUUGAAUGAUAUGUUCUCCUCCCGUCAGAUGAUCUUGGUGAUGGCAAAAGAUGGCCUCCUGUUCCAUGUCCUUGCCAGCACCCACACCAGCAAAGACAUCCCCAUCGUGGCCACUGUGGUCUCGGGCACUAUGGCAGCAAUCAUGGCAUUAUUCUUUGAGUUCAUUGAUCUUGUGGACUUCAUGUCAGUUGGGACCCUGUUUACUCACUCCCUGGUGGCUGCUUGUGUCCUCAUCCUCAGGUAUCAGCCUGAGAGGAAGAAUGAGGGAAAUGAAGCACAGGUGCAGGAGGAGAACAGACCUGCAGCAGAGAAGCUGACUCUACAGACACUAUUUUUUCCAGGCAGCCCCACCCCCACUCCACUUUCUGGCCAGGUUGUCUCUGUUUGCUCCUCACUGCUUGCUCUGCUGCUGACUCUUCUCUGCCUGGUGCUGGCCCAGUGGCCUCAUCUACUUUCUGGAGACCCAGUGUGGAUCACAGUGGUUAUGCUCCUCCUGGUGCUCAUCACUGGAGUCACUGGAGUCAUCUGGAGACAGCCACAGAGCUCCACUGCCCUUCACUUCAAGGUACCUGGUCUGCCUCUCCUCCCACUCCUGAGCAUCUUUUUGAAUGUUUACCUCAUGAUGCAAAUGAUAGCUGGUACCUGGGCUCUAUUUGGUGUCUGGAUUCUUAUUGGGCUUGCUAUCUACUUCAGCUAUGGGAUUCAGCACAGCCUGGCCCCUUAACCCCACUUCACUUAGGGCCUCUACUGUAGAUCUUGAACUCAGCAGUGCCAGUACAUAUUUGCUUUGACAUUGUCUUACUUGAAUGUAGGUCCCCCUGCACAAUAAUGAAGAGUACUCUUUAGCUCAUGAAACAUAGGCCUCACACAGAAUUUUGGUGGGGGCAAGAGUAAUAUGGCUGUGUUUUGUGGAGGAAAGAAUGUGUCUUUGCUCUUUUUCCUCUCUUUUUAUUUCCUUUGCUUGUCUGCUUUUCAGUUGUGUCUGUAGCUGUACUGGCUUUGAAAAUUUACUAUUAAAGAAAACUAGAAAAA